ACCAUGUGGCACAUUGCGCCCCUCUGUUGACACGUAAUACGUGCACGUACACGUUACACCGCCUGCUCGUAACCAUGGUGAUAGGCAAUAACAAAACAGGCGGCGUGGGCUUUACGUUUUAUCGUACAGCAACCACAGUUUAUCUAGUACGGGGCUACGAUGAAGAGAAAUGGAAAUUCCACACCGAAAGUGACCGAUUACGCUGAGGAAGAAGUGAUCGCUCACCUGUGGGUGCAGCUGUUAAUUCACAUCAAUGUUUAUUUUUACGCCGUUUGGCUGCUGGUUGCAAUAGGCUUUCUACAUUACGAGUUCCUCAACAUUAGCGGCAUCGAGCAAACGUUGUCCAUCCUUUCGCUGGUGGUGGCAAUUCCGCUGGAAGUCUUCCGGCUCUAUCUCGGCCACACCGGCAACCUGAUGAGUGCGAUACCCAGUUUUGCUGGAUUUCUUAUACUGUCUACACUGAUUCAGCUUCCAUUACAGAUUUACCUGCUGCUAGCAACGCACACGAUCAAUCAUUUAGCAGCAACUGUAGCACAGUCGAUCGCGAUAGGUCUGCUGGUGCUGCAGAUUGUAGUUGGUGUGCCGGCAAUGCGUCAAAUAUCUGCCUUUCGCAGGAAACAGUUUCAAAUGCAACGAUGGCAAUAUAUGGGCAAGCGAGCCGACACGGCGAAGGAAGCGAAGGACGAGCAAUGAAAUCGGGGAAAAAAUAGCAAUUUUUUUACUGAAUAGUAUUACUUUGUACAAAAGAAACAGUUCAUUUAUUUAAAUUGUAAACGCGAACUACGCUUUGUAGGUUCGGUGUAA